CGAGUCAUGGUAACAAAUCACUGCAAUAAGAAACUUCUCGAACUUGAGAGAAAGCGCCUUUAUCAUCGAUCAUCACCAAAGCAUUACAUCCACUUUCCGUGUUUGUUAGAGCUUAAGGAGAGCGAACGUAUUUGUCGAACUAAUCCGUAAUCUGUUUUGAUAUUGGAAAUAAUGAGGGGCAGGAGCUACAGUUACAGUCCUUCACCUCCUAGGGGUUAUGGAAGGAGACGCCGCAGUCCCAGUCCUAGAGGUCGUUAUGGAGCUCGUUCUAGGGAUCUUCCUACCAGUCUUCUGGUUCGCAAUCUUCGUCAUGACUGCAGGCCAGAAGAUCUACGUGGACCAUUUGGGCAGUUUGGUCCUCUCAAGGAUAUAUAUUUGCCUCGUGAUUAUUAUACUGGGGAGCCGCGAGGCUUUGGAUUUGUCCAAUAUGUGGAUCCAGCUGAUGCUGCAGAUGCUAAGCAUCAUAUGGAUGGUGAAAUUCUACUUGGUCGGGAGCUGACAGUUGUCUUUGCGGAGGAAAAUAGGAAGAAACCAGCAGAAAUGAGGGCAAGAGAACGUGUAAGGGGUCGGUCAUAUGACUACAGGCGGUCUCCACUUCAUUAUUCACGAUCACCUAGAUAUGGACGAAGUUAUUCUCAGAGUCCAGGCUACUAUUCCCCUUCUCCCAGGCGAAGGCACUAUUCAAGGUCUAUUUCUCCAAGAGGCAGAAGGUAUAGGGAGCGGUCUUAUUCAAGGUCUCCUUAUGCCCCAAGGAGCCGGAGUAGAACCCAAAGUAGAAGUCGGAGCCGGAGCCUAGACUACUCUAGGUAAUGGAUACAUGUAUAAGGCGGACAGCAUUAUGGACAGAGAAAAUCUCUUGGCAGGAACAUGUAUUAUUAUUAGCUGAUAGCAGUUUACCUAGAAUCAAAGAGUUGCAGUUUAGAAAUAAUGUUUACAGUUUAUGGUUAAUUCAGUUUCUGCACUGAUUGAUGUUCUUGAUUGUCUUUGCUGAUUAUCAUUUCAUCCCUCUUGAAGUAAUUAGACUAGCUUGUGUAUGAGAUUCUGUUGAUUGUGUUUUGUUGUGAAUUUGUUUAAUUGUGCUAA